UCCCUUGGCGGUCAAAGGUCUGGACCGGCGGCUCCCCCGGUGUUUAACGCCACUAAUCACUCUUCUUUCCCCCCGGUUUCAAUCUAUUUUCCCAUUUCCAAAUCCCGCUGAUCGGAAAUCCCAAUUGCUCCCCGUUUCCCUGGUUUACGUCAAAUCUUUCGUGGUUGAAAUCUUCACGGGUCUGGUUUGCCUCGUGCUUUCAUCCGGUCUUUAAUACUGUGAAACGAUCCCUCCGGCCACGGGGCGCACGAUCUUAUCAAUCCAAACCUCGUUUACCCCGCGAUCUUCCGCAGCUGCAUCUUGCACUCCCCUCCUCAGCGCAUAAUAGAUCGGAUCGACCUGUGAGAUUAAGAUCUCUACAAAAGCUCUUAAGUGAUAUUUUACAAUAAAUCUGGAGCAGUCUUGAGGCGCGUGUUGUGAUCAUGGGUAAAUCUCAGUCGAAGCUUUCCCCCUCCCAGCUCGAUGAGCUUCAGAAAGCUACCCAUUUCGACAAAAAGGAACUGCAGCAAUGGUAUAAAGGGUUUUUGAAGGACUGCCCCUCGGGAACCUUGACCAAGGAAGAAUUCCAGAAGAUCUACCGACAAUUCUUCCCCUUUGGCGAUCCGUCAUCAUUCGCCAACUACGUAUUCCGUGUCUUCGAUUCGGAUAAUAGCGGGAUGAUCGAUUUCAAGGAAUUUAUUUGUGCAUUGUCGGUCACAUCCCGGGGCAAAAUGGAGGACAAGUUGGAUUGGGCGUUUCAGCUGUAUGACAUCGAUGGGGAUGGUAAGAUCACGUACGACGAGAUGCUCGCUAUCGUGGAGGCGAUUUAUAAGAUGGUGGGCUCGAUGGUGAAACUCCCCGAAGAUGAGGACACCCCGGAGAAACGAGUUCGCAAGAUUUUCCGGAUGAUGGACAAAGAUGAGAAUGGCAGCCUUGACAUGGAGGAGUUUAAAGAGGGUAGCAAGCGCGACGAGACGAUCGUGAGCGCCCUGUCUCUGUACGAUGGACUGGUAUGAGUGGGUGGUCGCAUUUGUCUUUUUGCGUCUAGGAUUCCCAUUAUUGCCUGUCCCUGUACUUGUCUACCUGGUGCCCCGUAUUGGUGGUAUUCUGGUCGGAUCGCUUCUCCUGUACACUUUCCC